AUGACCUACGCCAUCACCGGCAUUCCCCUGGACUCGGGGCCCAUCCCGGUCCGCAAAGACAUCGAUGACUGGUACAGAGAACAGACCAGUCAAGGUGGAAACCGCAUCCAGCUUACUCUGUUCGUGGAGGCGUUGACUGCCAUGCAGAAGCGCCACAUAGACCAUAAUUUAUCUUAUUUCCGUCUGGCCGGAAUUCAUUCUGCGCCCUGGGCUAAGUGGGACGGCAAGGCCCAACCCUCGCCAGAGACUGGCAGGAUACGGGGAUACUGUGUCCAUAACCACUACACCUUUCCGACCUGGCACCGGGUGUACAUGCUGUUGUUCGAGCAAGUCGUGUACGAAGCAAUGAUCGACUUCAUCAAAACAACCGACAAGGUCCCGAACGCCGUCAAGGCUAAAUGGACGGCAGAGGCAAAGCAAUGGCGUCUGCCUUACUGGGACUUUGCCCGGUUCGCCAUACACCAAGGCAAAGUACUGGACGAACUGCGGCUCCCCAUUUUGGCGACAAUUCCAGAAGUGAGAGUCAUCACCAUGAUUGAUCCGAAAACGGGGCAAAACAGUCUCAAGAAUAUACCGAACCCAAUGUACUGCUUCAAAACUGCCCCGCCCAUGGGCGAGUUGACGGGUGAGUGCAAAAUCGCCAGCGAAUCAAUGGAAAACGGAGGAUCCCUUCCUUGGGACAAGUGUGCAUCGACGACAAAGUACGGCCUCCUAGACGGCUUCCAUGCAGACGUCUGGGUCGACGGAGGACAAAACUGGCUCCGAUCCAACUUGGCUCUAAACGAGCAUCCGUGGUAUCAAGACAUGAAGGAGUGGGACUCGGUUCCGACGCUUCAGGACAUGACCUUUCGCCUGUUGACGUGCGACUUGAACAGCUGGGGCAGCUUUUCGUCGACCCGGUUCUACGACAAGGAAUCCCAGCCCAAGGAUUGGCUUUCCCUCGAAGCGGUGCACAACAACAUCCAUGUGAGUUGCACAGAUGGCAGAACCCUUCCCGAAGAGAUGUCAGUUGGUCUAACAUUGCGGAGAAUUGGGUGGGAGGCUGGCAAUUCAGCCGCCCUAACAAGAAUAGUAGGAAACUCUGGGGAGCCGGCCACAUGGGAAGCGUCUUCAUGGCUGCUUUUGACCCGCUGUUCUGGGCAUACCAUUGGUAAGUCGUCUGUCCGGUUGCUCAUCUACGCUCGAAAUUCGUCGUUGUUUCUGACGCAGGCCGUUAGCAACAUCGACCGGUUGACAGCCAUCUGGCAGAAGCUAAAUCCGGGCAAGUGGUUUGAUGACCCAAAAAGCCAGUCACAAAGGAACAACUAUCUGUCCCCGUUUCAUAAAGACACUCGGGGCACAUUGUACAGGUCUGACGAUGUGCAGGACUGCCGCGUCUUGCACUAUGAAUACGACAUCACCAGGUCGGACCCAAGCGUGAUUAAGCAGAAGAUUCAAGAGCUGUACGGAAACAAAACUAUGCAUAUUUAUAAGCAGAUUUCUCAACGCCACCAGGGCGUACUUGGCGACUACAUCGUCACCGUUCUAUACGACAGAUAUGCCCUUGCGGGCCGACCUUUCGUCAUCAACAUCUUCUUUGGCGCGGUGGAUGGCAGGGACUUUUACGGCCCAGAGUCGCGGAACUUUGUGGGCAGUGUCUUCAACUUUAGCGGUCCGCUGGAUGUGAGCGGCUGUGGCAAAUGCCGGGAGCAGCGGGAGCAGGGCGUCAUGUCCGUGUCGCAGAUCCCGGCUACUCUGUCCGUCCACUGGUACAUGACGACGUACAGCACUGUCCCCAGGCCGUCUUACGUUGUGGUGGACUCUGUCGGCAAGGUGAGUGCCGGAUUGUCGUAG